ACCAGACGUCCGCGUGUUCCAGUGGUCCGCCGGCGUUCACACGGCUCCAUCCGUCUCAGUCCGAUAGUUUUCGAUAAUAUUUGCGCACGCGCGUGUGUGUGUUUUUCCGCGCGUAUGUGCCGCUAAUAUAUCACACGUUCGUUUCUCGUACGUAAUACGCGCGCGCAUUUAUCACGCGAGUAAAACAUUAUACGCCCGCGUGUGAUUUACGACCGUGCGCGCACUGCACUUGUCACUUCUUCGCGGUACAGCGAAAUAAUAAAAAAAAAAAAAUAUACAUAUUAUUAAUAUUCAAACGAGUUCGCACCGUUCGCGGUGUUCGUUGUGUUCGUAUUUUUUUUUCCGCCCGUUCGCGGAUUUAUCGGUGUUCCGCAAUCGAUUUGUUUUCCUCUCGGCUACUGCUCCACAUCUGCUGCUGCUGUUGCUUGUCCACCAACUAUCGCGCCAACCUCCGUUGCAGUUACAAGACGCGCGCACCUCACUGUUCUUCGGAUGCUUAAAUGAGAAUACCGGCGCGCACACAUGGACACCGUACAGAUUUUAUUCGUUGUAUCAGCCAUUUUCCUAUCCUGCGGGUCAGUUUCCGCUCAAGAUGAUUCGUCGUCGUUGACUUACCAGGUGUCCUCCGAUCGAGUAGUACAGGACACCAGUAAUUAUGUGGAAGCGCGUAACGUGGAACAAAAGUUUUUGAUCAAACAUAUGCUCUCGCCAGACGUAACGUGCAACGACGGAUCUCCAGCCGGGUUUUACUUGCGCCAAUCAAACUACAGCAAAACGUGGAUAGUAUUCCUUGAAGAGGGUUGGUGUUGUUAUGACAAACAGAGCUGCGACGAAAGAUGGUCACGAGCUGAAUUCCUUAUGUCGUCGAAAGAAUGGCCCGAGACGCGAUCAGUUGGAGGAAUAUUGUCCAGCAGUGCGAAUGAAAAUCCUUACUGGUGGCAGGCCAAUCAUGUUUUCGUGCCGUACUGCACGAGUGAUAUAUGGUCGGGUCGGAGAGCGGAACCCCAGCACGGGUCGAAAUUCACUUUUAUGGGCUCCAUAGUGAUUAAGCAAGUCAUCAGAGAACUAUUAACCAUGGGACUGGCCAAUGCCAACGCGCUCAUACUCUCUGGAAGCAGUGCCGGAGGCGUCGGGGUCAUGUUGAACAUAGAUCCUAUCCAAAAGAUGUUGAGGCAGUACAGCGGCAUGUCGGUUCACGGCAUCACCGACUCCGGCUGGUUCGUGGAGCAACGGCCGUACGUACAGGAAAGCCAGAGCUUGAUCACGCCCGACGCGUCACCCAUCGAAGCCGUGAAGCUGGGUAUACCCUACUGGCACAGUCAGAUACCGUCCCGGUGCCGAAACCUUUACAUCGACGAACCGUCCAAGUGUUUCAUCGGGCACAAGAUUUACCCCACACUGUCCGUUCCAUUGUUCGUGUUCCAAUGGCUAUACGACGAGUUUCAACUGAAAAACGACGUCGGCACACCGGUUACCAAACAGCAAUGGGACUAUAUACACAAGAUGGGCGAGAGCCUACGCAAGUCUUUGCUGAACGUCACGUGGGUGUUCGCUCCGUCGUGCGUGUCGCACACAGUGCUCACGAAGAAGGACUGGAAGAACAUCAAGAUUGACUCGGUGUCGCUGCCGUAUGCGUUACACUGCUGGCAGACGGGGACAAGGUUUACGAAGAUCAACGGGGGCAAGUCCAGAUCUGUGGGCGGCGGUGGCAGUCGAGUGAGCAGCAAUAACAGCCACCACGACAGAGCAGUGACCAGAAUCCGAAACAAACAUCGGCGUACGGCCGCGGAGAACACGUUGAAGAGAAGACAGAAGACGCGCCGCAACAAUAACGACGACGACAGCUACAACAACGGCAAUAUCAGCGGUCAACAACGGUCCAGAGUGAUCGAUGGAGUUGACAGGGUUCAUAGAAAACGUAGACGCCAUCACAAGAACCACGCUGGCUGUAAACAUCAGUUCAUCCAAAGCUGUACUUGGCCGCAGUGCAACCAAUCGUGCCCAAAACUUCAGAACCCCGCAACAGGCGAGGAGAUAGACUUCCUGGAGCUUUUACAGUCGUUCGGCGUGGACAUACCAAGUCUGUCGUCUGAGCUGGGAAUCGACAUGGAAUCGUUGACACACAUGGAUCACGGAGAGUUGCUCAACUUACUCACUCAACAGUCAAACUAAGAGAGAACUACUACAACUAUACUAUAUUCAUCCUCGUGACCAUCACACAAAACCAUCGGCGACCCAUCAACAGCAGUACAACCCUCCCCCCUUCCCCCAGGAGGACGAACGAGUCAACGCAGUUUCAAAAAUGUGUCGCCCACGUUAAAUUAUUACCAAAAAAUAAUGUUUGUAUGUUUUAAAAUUUAGUAUACGAAAUUGAGUCAAUUUUUUUUUAUUUUUCUUUAAUGUAUAUAAUAGUUAUUUGUAAAUUUUUUUUUGUUAAGAAACCAAACGUUACUGCUUUAAAUAGUACUUCGUUACUCAUAAGUACAAUUAUUCCUUUACGGGGCCAAUAAGAUUUUUCCAAUUCAAUACUGUAUACCAAACUACCUGUUCCUUAAUUUUUAAAAAUAGUUUAACACCUAAUAUUUAUGUACUUAAAAAUAAGUUGAUACGAUAAUUUAAUUGUACAUUUAAGAAUGCGGUCCUUGAAAUGGAACAAUACAAACCAUUGAAUUCAAUUUCAAUAGUGCAUGCUACUGAACUUAAUUUUGUGAGCCGCAUUCAUAACAUACUGAACCUAAAAAUACUAUAGAAAUAAGGAAUUACUAUUUUAGAUUCUUUAGGAGUUAAAAUUCUUAAAUUUUAAUUAAGACCAAAAGUAAAAAGGUGAAGUGUUCUAAACAAAUGGUUUUUUAAACACUGUUCACUCCUUUAGAAACCGUUUUUAAAUAAUAAGAAUUAAAAUUAAUAAGGUAAAUUAUAAAUUGAUUUGUAUAAUUUAUAUAACUACUAUCGA